AUGGCUGGGACGUUGACGAACUACUCCGUACCAAGCACUUUUCAUGGAGUUCCUAAGUUUAUCAACUACCAGUUCUCAUUCUUCACAGUCCCCGUUCUGCUGGCAUUCGUCCCGAUUCUGUAUAUUCCUGCCACAAUGGUUGUCGCCUUUCGCAUCUUUAAAAAAUUUCUGGCCGAAUAUUUUGAUAGAAACGUGAAUGUUCAAUUGUUUGGAGUAAUCACGUUAUCUCAUUAUAUGUCCUUCUUAUUCUUCAUCGCGGAAUUCUUCUACUUACGGCUCCCCUUGGCUGGAGCAUUCACUAGUUGGUGUGCUAGUGUUCAGCCAAAUGGUUAUUUGAUAAUAUUUAUUAUCAUCGUGUUUUACAUAAACUACGCAACAAUGAUUUUUCCGUGUUUGGUGGCUCUGCUCAGACUAAAUUUGAUUGUUUUCCCAUCGAGUUAUCAGAAGAUAAAUACAAAAAUUAUCAAGUGUUUACCAAUAGUAUUUAUAUAUCCGAUUCUCUGCAUAGCUAUCAUGUUUCCGGGCAAUGGGUUCUGUAGUCAUGUUGCAUAUCCUAUUUAUGGUUCAAUUAUGUUGAGAGUUACGGAUACAAUGUUUGGGUGGACAAAUAACUAUAUAUUAAUGUUCAAUACGUUCCUCUGGGUUUCCAUCUGUCUCGGCAUCAAUGCGGUAUUGAUAGUGAAACUUAUCAAAUUCAAACUCUCGGUGCCUUCUACAAUGAGAUCACAAUUGUCACAAAAAGGUGAGAUCUCAUUGACAUUGACAACUACGUCAAUGGCUUUGGCGUAUCUCACUAAUGGAUUGCAUACUAUUUUCGGCAGAAUAUACGUAGACCUGACCCUGUUCUUGGUCGCGCUCCGUCCAUUCAUGAAUGACGUGGACACUUGUGUGGUGCCAUGGGUCUUCUACUUAACUCAUCCGAUUUUCCAGAAGAAAUCUGUAAAUCAAGUGAUGGCGUCGGCUGUGGAAAGAAUGGGUUCUUAA